AUGCGAGCUGAUCCCUUACGCUUGGAAUCUGUCUUUGGAAGAUCUGAUCAGAUGGAAUGCGGGAACUUCAAAGAGGGCUUCUCCUACUGCAUUCAAGAGAAGGAGGCACCCGUCCCUAUCAGCAGCACCACGACUAAACAAACUACGGCUCCUCCGUCCUCUACCACUCCCGUUCCUUCGAAGACAAUACCCAUGAAGCCAUCUACAACUGCAGCAAGUGGCAAUGGCGUCGAGACGCCAGACCCAAUACAGCCUGGCAUGGUAUCGAGCUGCAACAAGUUCUACUUUGUCGAGCAAGGUGACAACUGCAAUGCAGUCUCCUCCAAGCACGGCAUAACCAUAGCCCAGUUCACGACUCGGAACCCUAAGCUCGGCACGGACUCCCCAACUCCUACAACACCUAGUAACGGUAUCACCACGCCCAUGCCUAUCCAGACCGGUUCUAAAUGCACCGCUUUAUGGGUUGAUUAUAAUGUCUGCGUGGGUGUAGUUGGACAAAAGCCUACACCUACCCAGCCAAGCAACGGUGUCACCACUCCUUCACCUAUCCAGAGCGGUAUUACCAAGAACUGUAAGAAGCUUCAUCAGGUGAAAUCAACUACAACUUGCGCCUCGAUUCAGAACUACUACAAGAUCACGAUGGCCAAUCUUUUCAAGUAG